AUGAAAGAUGCAGACGGCUCAGACUUAACGUACUUAGUCCCUGCUCCGGUUGCAACAGGACUCUCCCCCAUAGGGCGCAAUACAUGUGGAUUCUCUGUGUACGAUACCAAGGGAGAUCGUGUUGUGUUCUUGAAGGACACAUGGCGUGUCCUUUUGCCGGACAUCAUUCCAGAAGGGGAUGUAUACAAGCGUCUGAAUGAGAAGCAUGUUCGACAUGUUGCAACGUGCCUAGCCUCUGGUGAUGUUUUGGGUGGCUCGAAUGCACAUACCACCCAAACCGGUCGCUUCAAGGAUGCGCCAUGGGCCCGUCCUACAGGAGCUAUUCUUAUAGCUCAUGUUCACUAUCGCCUCGUUCUUAAUAUUGUCACUACCCCAAUCACAUCCUUCGUCAGUUCUCGCCAAGUCGUUGAAGUAGUGCGAGAUGCUUUAAUAGCUCAUCAGGAUGCAUAUGAGGAUUGCGACAUCUUACAUCGUGACCUCAGUGUAGGUAAUAUCAUGGUGCAUGAGAACGAAGGUAUUCUCAUAGACUGGGAUCUCGCUAAAUCGACUCAGGACUCGGGGCCAAGACAAAUUCCUAGAACUGGGACAUGGCAGUUCAUGUCUGCUCGCCUUGUUGCCGACAUGAACACACCUCACGACUUCCAGGACGACAUGGAGUCAACGCUAUACGUGAUCUUAUGGAUCAUGUUCAUCUUCACGGUAUCUUGUAUCAGUGAUGCUCAGUGA